AGUUGAAAGUUUGUCACUUCAUUUGUCCUCCGCCCGAGAAGUCCACCUCAGACAGCCUAUAUUUCCGUCGGCUCCUCCAUUUUUUCAAGUUUUAAGCUCCCCAAAAGUCGGGCUUUUUUUCCUUAUCAUCCAUUUGUUGAAGGAUCUUCUGUUCUUCUAGCUUCACGAAGAACCCAAAUUCAAUCAUUAAUUCUCUCUCUCUCUCUCUGUAUAUGCAUUACCAGCAAGGUAUCUGUUUUUUUUAUGGGUUUUGCUCUUCAUUUUGUUUUUUGCCCGUUCAAAUAAACUUUUUUUCCUUUUCUGGGUCUCUCUCGUUGUCUCAAUAUUCCAUUUCUUUUUUCAUGAGCCUGCUUGAAAAGGUAAAAGCUUUAUCGGUAUUAUUAAUAUUUCCUUCUAUUUUGUAGUUGCUUCUUAUUUAGAUUUCUAAGCUUUUAAGAGUGGCAUAAAAGGGUCUUUCAUCGCCAUUUUCAAAUGUAUUAUUUUUCUCUUUUUUUGUGAUAAUUUUUGUUUGAGAGUCUUCUCUAAUCAAAUACUUAAAUACCCAUUUGAGGCUAAUUCAAUUUCAAGCUGCUAGGCUUCAGAACUUGACCAUUUCACAUGUUUCCAAGUCUGUGGCCUUUUCUUAUUUGACAAAAAAAACCUUUCUUUUUGCUUCCAUUUCUCUCUUUACCGUCCUCUCUUGAUCUAUCACAAGAGACCAUAACCAAAAAACCUAGAUAUGUACAAAACACAUACCAAGAGAGAGGUUUCCUUAGAAUUCCAGUCUCAAAUCCCAGUCUUGAGGCCGAGCAUUCAUUCAAGAAGGGCAAAUUUAACAGUCAAAUUCCAAGACCUUUAUGGAUUCACUGUAGAAGGCAAUGUGGAUGAUGUUAAUGUAUUGAACGAGGUUAGAGAGAAGGUGAGACAACAAGGGAGGGUUUGGUGGGCAUUAGAGGCUAGCAAAGGUGCAAAUUGGUAUUUGCAGCCUCAGGUUACUUCAAUUGUUGAAGGGAUUGCGUUGAAAUCUUCUCUUAAAUUGUCUACUUUAGCUAAUGCGAUCACUUUGAAGAAGCUUAUAAGGAAGGGAAUACCUCCUGUGCUUAGGCCUAAGGUUUGGUUUUCGCUCUCUGGAGCUGCAAAGAAGAAGUCUACGGUGCCUGAGAGCUAUUACAAUGAUUUGACCAAGGCUGUUGAAGGGAAGGUUACACCUGCUACAAGGCAGAUUGAUCAUGAUCUGCCACGAACCUUUCCUGGUCACCCGUGGUUGGACACACCGGAGGGUCAUGCUACACUACGACGUGUUCUUGUUGCAUAUUCUUUCCGUGAUUCUGAUGUUGGCUAUUGCCAGGGUUUAAAUUAUGUUGCAGCACUGUUGUUACUUGUGAUGAAAACAGAGGAAGAUGCUUUUUGGAUGCUUGCUGUCCUCCUGGAAAAUGUCUUAGUUAAUGACUGCUACACAAAUAACUUGUCAGGAUGCCAUGUUGAGCAAAGGGUUUUCAAGGAUUUGCUUGUUAAAGAGUGCCCAAGGAUAGCUGCUCAUUUGGAAGAACUGGAGUUUGAUGUGUCCCUUGUUGCCACUGAGUGGUUCUUGUGCCUUUUCUCAAAGAGCUUGCCUUCAGAGACCACUCUGCGAGUGUGGGAUGUUCUUUUCUUUGAGGGGGCAAAGGUUCUGUUUCAUGUAGCUUUGGCUAUAUUUAAGAUGAAGGAAGAAGAGCUGCUUCUAACUCAUCAUGUUGGUGAUGUGAUUAACAUAUUACAGAAAACCACCCAUCACCUUUUUGAUCCAGAUGACUUAUUGACGGUGGCAUUUGAUAACGUAGGUUCUAUGACAACCAAAACCAUAUCAAAGCAAAGGAAAAAGCAAGAACCGGCAGUAAUGGCAGAGCUCGAUCAAAGAUUUAGAAGACUAAACUCUUUGAAAAUGGAUGAGAAAUAACAGUUAUAAUCACAAUCUGAUCAAAAUUGUUACAUAUAAGACAUUCCAAAUAAGGGGCAUUUUGCCCCUUUGGGAGUUAAGAAUGUUUAAUUUAUGCAGUUGUAUCUGUGGAAGGGAAAGGACCCAGUAAUGAGUGUCUGCUGCUUUCAAGGAUGUAGUAGGUGGUUAAAUGUAAAUUAUGGAUUGUUGCAACAAUGGAAUUAAUUAAAGAUGCAAGUCAGGGCAUCACUGGCUUUUUUACUGCCCUGCAGUUUUGGUUUC